GGAAGACAGCUUGCCUUUCGCUUCUCGAACUAUGCUUGGUCUAUUGCGAUCAACUCAGUCUGUGGACCCCAAUGAACGCCUCCAGGUAGAAUUGGAGAUUAAGAAACUCGAGAACACACCAGAGUUUCCUCUUCAAUUACUGGAAGCUGCUGGCUCCGAUGCGGAAGUUCCUCUUCGCCAGGCUGCCAUUUUGCUUCUUCAACAAUACGUUUUGCGUCAUUGGUCAAUUCUAUUUGAACAAUUUCAAGGACCUGCUCCGGAUGAACAAAUUAAAAAUCAAGUCCGUAAUGGGCUCAUUCAUCUUUUAAAGUCUACGGACAACUCGCUCUUGGUUAAGGCAUUGGCUUAUACUAUUGCUCGGAUUGCAACAGUAGACUUUCCUGAUGAAUGGCCUUCGAUCUUACCAAUUAUCCUUGAAUUUAUGGACAGCGGGAACAACUCAUUAAUUCAUUCUUCAUUAGAUGUACUCAACGAGCUUUUGAACGAAAGUUUAAUGGAGGAGCAGUUUUUUGCUAUCGCACCUCAAAUUGCUACUCGCUUGUUCAACUUGUUGAAACUCGAUAGUAACAUUGAUGAAGUUGCAAAGACUCAGGUCCGUGCUGUCACCGCUUUCGGUUCAUGCUUGGAACUUAGUGAAAUGUAUCAGGAAGCCAAACCUGAACUUAUACAGACUUUUUUGAGUGAACUGCUUCCUCCAUGGAUGGAGUUGUUACUUCUAAAAAUGCAAUUACCUUUAUUAAAUCCGGGUGAGCAGGUUUUGUCGCCUGAAAGAGCAGGUUUAUUCGCUCUGAAAGGAAAGAUUGCUUCAGUCUUAAAAACACUUCGUGAGCUGUACCCCAAACGUUUGACUCCCUAUUUGCUUCAUUUCGUUGAAGGUGCAUGGGGGAUGCUCGUCGGUGUACUGCCCGUAUACACUAUUGCCUUGGAUGGGAAAAACAACGAUAUUGAAGACUCACAAUUCGCGCCGGGUUAUGAGUCUCAGUACCUCAUUGAAUUAUUACAGUUCAUCAGUAUCUCCUUCCAGAACAAGGCUGUUCAACAGUUCUUCCAAAACGGUGCGUCUUCUGGCAAUCUCACUUGUAUCCAAACAUUACUGCAGUACGCUCGUUUGUCCGAGCAUGACAUUGAGGUCUAUGAAGAUGAUGUGAAUGAGUACCUUGCUAUUGAACUUACAUUUGACUGGAUUAAUGAAUCUGUCCGUGGUGCUGCGGUUGAUGUUUUAAGCUCUAUGGAAGAGCAUUCCUCAUUGCCCAUUCAAAAGUUUUUACGAGAAACGUCUGCCGACCUUCUUUCUAAAGCAAACGUUGAUUGGAAGCUUCAAGAAGCUCUUUUGUAUGCGUGUGGUGUCGUUGACGCUAAUUCUGAUGAUUCAAUGAAUGAAGGUUUAGAUCCUCUGUUUAAUGUUCUUACAGCACACUUACAAGGUUCUAAUGAUCACGUCCUUCUCACAUCCCGUAUCGUCCUUAUGCUUGGUCAUUUCUCUGAAGUACUUCCUUCUUGUGGCCAGUUGUUGAAUGUCUGUAUUGGCAUACUUACUGCUCCUAAUGUAUCCAUCUUAGUUAAGUUUUCGGCCAUAAAAACAGUGGAACGAAUUUGCUCUUCUUCUUCUGAUCCAAGCUUGGAGCAGUAUCAAACAGGCCUGGUUCAGGCGAUUAUCCCGUUUUUUACGGAGGCGGCAGACGAAGUAUUUAUUCUUCUUGUAGAAUGUUUGGCAGCUGUUUUGAAGUUAAACUACGAGGCUAUAUUGGCUACUGACAUCCCUGUAAUUUCAAUGCUUUUCUCAAUCGUCACCAAAAGUCCAGGAGAUCCCUAUGUGUUGGGAGUUUUGGAAGACACUUUUGAGGAAUUGACCAGCGCUUCAAACAACUACGAACAAAUAUGUUCCGUUGCGUUUCCCGAGGUUGGUCAGCUUCUUCAAAGCGACGAUGAACUUCUAGUCGAUGUUGGUAGCGCACUUUUGCUGUCUUUGAUUAGAGGUGGACCAUCUCCUCUCCCGGCCAACUUUUGUAUAACGGUACUUCCCAUCUUAGAACAAAUGAUUACGGCUCAUAUUGAUGACAAUGAAGUCGUUCAGCUUUCUCAAGAAACCAUGCUGCAAUUGCUUAAGAAGGAUGCCGCUCAAGUUUCCGCUGCACAAAAAGACGGAAUUUCUGGCAUGCAAAUUGUGUUGUCCAUUUUGGAAAAGCUCUUGUGCACAAAUUUAAAUGAUUCGGCUUGCGUUUCAGUUGGUGCCAUUGUAGUUCAAGUCAUCGAUAAAGCAGGCAGCUCCCUUAACAUGGAGACGCUUUUGCUUGCAUGUAUCAACCGUUUGUCUCGGGCAGAGCAACCCAGGUUUAUCCAAAGCAUCAUCUAUGUGUUUGCAAAGUUGAUCCAUCGUGACCCUGAAGGAAUGGUCAACUUUUUGACAUCUAUGCAAACGGCUAAUGGAACUGCACUCGAAAUCCUCAUGAGAGUUUGGUGCGACAACUUCUCUGUGUUCAGUGGAUUUAAGAAUAUUGCUUUUAUUGCAACUGCUUUGGCUAAGGUUUUCUGUGUUCAGCAACCAAUGCUGGAUCAAAUCCAGGUGAAAGGAGACUUGCUUGUUUCACAAUCUAGCCGUAUCAUAACACGUUCUCAAUCCAAGAAGCAUCCAGAACAAUUUAGUGCUGUGUCAGCUGCUGUUAAAAUUGUACAACUUUUAGCUCAAGAGUACCAAUCACUGGAGAAGAAGGAUCUGGCUGUUGAAGAAGUUUCCGACGAUGGAGCAGAUGAUUGGGAGGACGGCACUGCAGAUAUUGAUUUUGAGACUUUGAAAGCUUUUGCCGAAGAUGGAAAUGCUAUAGAGGAGGAUUCUAAUGACACGGAAAUUAUUUUGGAUCUUGACUUGCAGACGUAUUUGGCAGACUUUUUCAAACAGGGUUGGGCCGUUAAUGCACACAACUUCCGAGACAUUGUUCAACAAAACUUGAAUGCUGACGAAAAGAAGUCGUUACACCAAUUCUUUCAGUAAGCUAGAUCAUCAUUCUUCACUCAUCCGACCUCCAUAAUCGUAUAGCGAAAUUCAGCCAGUUUGUACACCCUUCCGGACAGUUCUUUUUUGACACCUUGGGCAUCAAGACCAAAAAACGAAAUUACGGAAAAGAAAAGUGUUUG